UUUCAUACUCUUUAUCCUCUAGACCGACAUUAAAGUACAGUCAAGCUUUGCUAGCUAGAUAACGAUGAAGAACCUUAUCGACCCUAUACUUUCGAGUCCAGGUCGAAAUCUUCAAAUCAUUCGUUAUGUCACAUCUAUUGUGGCAAUGAUACUUAUUAUAUGUACAUUAGUAGGUCCAUCAAUGUCCAGUAACAAAUUUUAUUUUUCUAAAAUUAGUUGUGGACAUCUUGAUCUUUCUAAUGGGAUUUAUAAUUCGCUUAGAAAUGCUGUUUCUGCCUCUUCAGUUGACCAGGGAAAUAGUGAUUAUCCAGUGGAUUUAUCAUUAACAAAUUCAGAAAUCACUAUAUUUUCUGAAUAUGCACAAGCUCAAGUGGCAAACACUCCUCAAUAUAUUGUUGAAUCGUUAUGGCAAUGGUGUUCCGGAGACUAUGACGUGGUAACUACGAAAACCAAACUGGGCGGAACACGUACAAAGGAUGAAAACUUUGAAGUGACAUGUCAUCGGAACAAAACAAAUGCUUUCGAUUAUAGAAGUCAAUUGGAAUUUGUAGGAUUAGAGGUGAUUGUAGCAUAUGCAUAUCAAGGAGUGGAAUCUAAUGGGGAUUCUACUUACGAAAGGAGUACCACCAGAAGAAGAAAAUUGUACAAACUUGUACCGUCUGCACUUAUAUUUGCAGCUUGUUCACAAUUUGUUACGGUUAUAUUUGCUUUAAUAUUAUAUGGGAACAAAGGAGUGCAACAUGAAUUGAACCAAUUGAAGGCGUUCCUUGUUCAUUUUCUUGCGGUAUUUUCCGUUGCAUCCUUCUGUAGUGUUGUGAUUGCAGUCGCCAUAAUGACAUAUUUGGUUCAUGACGUUCAAAAGGAAAUUCAACAACAAAUGGUUGAUUUUGGAAUUUCUGUUAGUUAUGGAUCGAUAUGGUUUCUGUUGAUAUGGUGUGGAUUUGCAAUGUCAUUUCUAGCAAUGCUUUCUUGGGCAUUCCCACUUUGGUGUGCAAAUCCAGUCUUGAAAGACGAUAAUGAUGAAGAUUCCAUGGUAUUAGGGAGACAAAUGACUCAAAGAAGCAUUCGAAGAUCCAAAAAGGGUACCAUGUCAUCCCGUACAGUAGCAACCGCCACCUCUACCUCUAGAAGAGAUGGUGAAGUCAGGGGACCAUUAUUGGAUGAUAUGGAAGGUACAAUUCCCUUUAAUACGGAGUCACAUGAUCUUACCAGUGAUGAAAAUGUAGAAUAUAAUGAACGACAACUAAAUAGACUUCCGGGAGAAGAAGAAUUUGGUGAUGAUGAUGAUGAUUUAUAUCAUACCGAUCCUACUGCCAUUCGAAAUAGUGUUACUGGUGAACAUGAAUUAAGAAAAUUAGGAGAAUCAAUUUCGAGGAAAUCGUCAGUGAGACAUCUUAAUCGUAAAAUUUCGUCCAAAAAUAACAGUCUUUCCAGAACAAAAAGACUUCCAACUCCAUUAGAAUCAGACGUGUUGUUUGACGAUGUAUACCCUACAGUGGGGAGAUCGGAUAGUGCCCCAUCGCAGCAUUACCGGGAAGAAACUUACGAUGGGUAUAAUAAUAUCCUCAAUGUUGGUAGAACUGGUAGUGGUGGUGGUGGUUCCAACCCAAAAGCGGUCACACAAAAGAAACUAUACGGGAAGGACUUAUUCAAUUCAGAAGGUGGCUACCAGAACAAUUCCAACCCAUUUGCUGCACAAUCCGACCUUUUAAAUGCAUUUCAAAGAAAUAAGAGAGAAUCUACAGGUGAAGAAUCAUUCUUGAAUGAUGAUGAAAUGGAGUUUUUGGACUUUAAUAAUUAUAUAAAUAGAGUUAACUAAAUGAAAUAGAAUAUCAGCCUAUUUGCAUAUAAAUUGUAACAACACAAAUCCAUUCU